AUGGAGUUGAGCCAGCAAGCCCAGCCCAAACAUGUGGCCCAGCGCCAAUUCCACAUAUAUAACUUCGUUGUGACAGCGCUCAUGGUCGUGGGGUCUUUCGGCAUCGGUUACGCUGCUGCUAUCAUCGGCACAACCUUGGCCCAGCCGUCCUUUAUCUCCUACUUUGAGCUUGACACCCGCCCUGACGGUACUCAGCUUAUUGCAACCACCAAUGGCCUCUUCUUCUUCGGCGGCGUUCUUGGCACCGUCACCAUCUCCUGGCUUGCCGACACUUGGGGUCGCCUGUGGGCCAUCCGUAUCUCGGGAAUUAUCAGCCUCCUCUCCAGCGCCCUCCUGGCCGGCAGUGUCCAUAUCGGCAUGUUUAUCGCUUUCAGGACCGUGGCCGGCGCGGGUGUGUUCAUGAUGGUGGCAGCAGUCCCUAUGUGGAUCAGCGAGACAGCUCCCCCAAAGAAUCGUGGCAUCCUCGCCGACUUCCACGGCAUUGGCAUCCUCCUUGGCUACUCCCUGUCGUCCUACAUGGGAUAUGCGUUCUACCAACUGCCUCAUACCGACAAUAUGGCUUGGCGAGGCCCUUUUAUUGUGGGAUGCGGACCUCUCGCCCUGCACCUUAUCUUCACGAUCUGGUUCCCGGAAUCUCCGCGGUGGUUGCUCUUAAACGGGAAACGUGAACAGGCAGAGAAGACGCUCCGACGACUUCACACCCCCGAGGAGGCUACCAUUGAGAUGCUCCAGAUAUCCGCUGCGAUGGAGGUGGACAAGCAACUCGACAGUUCGUGGCUUGCCAUGCUCAAGAAUCCAGCAUAUCGAAAGAGAGCUCUCAUCAGCUCGAGCGUGGUCGUCAUGGUCGAAUCGUCGGGCCUCUUGGUCAUCAACAACUACGGCCCCACCAUUUAUAGCAGUUUAGGCUUCGGCGUCAAGGAACAGCUUAUCUACCAGAUGGGCUUCAACACAAUUGAAUUGGGCGGCGGUCUGCUUGCCGUCUUUAUCAUCGAUCGCAUCGCGCGUCCUAAGCUCAUCGCGAUAGGUCUCACAGCCGCCUGCAGCGCCUUGAUCGUCCUGGCUGCCAUCCUGGCCAAUUUCGCAACCACGCCCGAGUCUCUUGCCAACCCGAACAGGGCCGCCCUGCGCGCCGGAGUUGCCAUGAUCUACAUCUACGCCUUCUGCGUCGAAUGGCUCCUCAACGGCACAAUGUUCGCGUACAUGGCCGAGCUGUUCCCGACCCAUAUUAGAGCCAAAGGCCUGGUUGUUACCAUCACAUCGCUCACCGCUAUCAACAUUCUCUGGACCCAGCUUGCACCCACCGCCUUCGAGGCUAUCGGUUGGAAAUUUUAUCUGUGCUUCAUCAUUCCUCCCAUGCUGUACGCCGUCCUUGUCUGGUUCACCUUUCCCAAUACCCUUGGCCUACCCCUCGAGGAGAUUGCCAGGCUCUUUGGGGACCACGAGGAAAAUUUUAUUCAACAACAGCUCAACAAUCCUAUUCAGAGGAUGAGCGAGGACAAACACGCAAAUAAGUUUGAGCAGACUAUCGAAGUCUCUGAUGUUGCUUAG